UAUGCAUCAUUUGACGUCUGAUAAACAUAUGUUAUAAUCAGCAAUCAAUCAGUAAUUUAAAAAAAAUACACUUUUUGCAUAAUGAGUGGUGAUAUAGAAACAUUUAAAAAAAGAAUUCAAGAACUAGAAAAUGAAUUAUCUCAAUAUAAAGAACAGCGUAAUGUACGGCAAAAAAUUGCUUCAAUGUCUGCAGAAGUUGUGGAUUCCAAUCCAUACAGUCGAUUAAUGGCCUUACAAAGAAUGGGAAUUGUUAAAAACUAUGAAGAUAUUCGAUCGAAAUCUGUUGCUAUUGUUGGAGUCGGAGGAGUUGGUAGUGUAACAGCAGAAAUGCUGACACGUUGUGGAAUUGGAAAAUUAAUUUUGUUUGAUUAUGAUAAAGUUGAAUUGGCUAAUAUGAAUCGAUUGUUUUUCCAACCACAUCAAUCGGGGCAAAGUAAAGUUGAAGCGGCCAAAGGUACAUUACAAAACAUAAAUCCAGAUGUUGAAAUUGAAACAUACAAUUAUAACAUCACUUCUGUUGAAAAUUAUGACAACUUUAUUAAAAUUUUACAAACUGGUAGCUUGACAAAUGGACCGGUGGAUUUAGUUUUAAGUUGCGUAGAUAAUUUUGAAGCUCGUAUGACAAUAAACAGUGCUUGUAAUGAAUUAAAUCAAAUUUGGUUUGAAUCUGGUGUUUCUGAAAAUGCUGUAUCUGGCCAUAUACAAUUUUUGAUACCGGGAGAAACUGCAUGUUUUGCUUGUGCACCACCAUUAGUUGUAGCCGAAAAUAUUGAUGAAAAGACAUUAAAAAGGGAAGGUGUAUGUGCUGCAAGUUUACCGACAACAAUGGGUAUUGUUGCUGGAUUUUUAGUGCAAAAUACUUUGAAGUAUUUAUUAAAUUUUGGUACCGUGAGUCAUUAUUUGGGAUAUAAUGCAUUGUUAGAUUUUUUCCCAACAAUGAAUCUAAAACCAAAUGUAAAUUGUGACGAUUUAUCUUGCCGUGAACGUCAAAAAGAAUUCGCUUUGAAACCCAAACCAGUGGUUGAAGCUGUUGUAGAGGAAGAAACUGGUGAUUUACACGAGGAUAAUGAAUGGGGAAUUAGUUUGGUUGAUGAAACACAACCAACAGAAGAAGAUAAAAGUACAUAUUCAGAAGGAGUACGUGCAGCUUAUACUUUACCUGUUGAUUCCUCACCGUCAACGGAUACUGACAUUCCAAAAACUGAUUUAAGUUUAGAAGAAUUAAUGGCUCAAAUGAAAUCAAUAUAAAUUUUAUCACAAUUAUAUUUUCCUGUGCAAAGAUAUUAUUUUAAUUUUUAU